UUAAUGUGGAUGGAUGGAUUUUGUCGUUUGAGAGACAGGCGCGUAGAGAAACAUUGAAGCGCAGUGUAAUGAGAAGUGUGUUUUCAAUUGGUUAUAAAAAAUUGACUGAAGAUAAAUAAGAAUUCUAAUAAAAACAUAAUUUGAGGAAUAAUGACUACGGAAAAAGAUUUAAUAAAUGCUGUACGAGAUUCAUUAGAAGCUGAUGGAAAACUUGGAUGUAUUAAAGCUGAAAUGCGAAGUGAAGUGCUUAAAUUGUUGGACCAUUCAUCAAAGUCAAGCAAAACAAAUAAGUGCGAAAUGCCGAGUGACGUAUUGCUACUAAACGAGCUGAUCAGAGAAUAUUUUGAUUGGAUUGGUUACAAAUAUACUUUGGACGUUUUUAUGUCUGAGUGUGAUUGUAAAAAACAGUCAUUAGACCGGUCUCUAGUAGCACAAAGUCUGGGUAUAGAAGACAAUGAAGGAACAAAAAAGCUGCCACUACUUUUUUGUCUGACUGAAACAUUUAAAAAACUUAAAAAUACUUGAUUUAUAAAACUUUAAAUGUAA